AAGCGAUCCUUUCGCUGCCCCACCGUCUCUCGCGUCGUAUAUAUCACCAACACUGGGAGGAUCUUCACACAAGUUCUUCGUGAACCAAACUGUCUCCACACACACAUCAUGAAAGCAUUCGUUGCGUGCAUAGCCCUGGCUUUGGUGGCGUGUUCCAGCGCCGAGGCCCCAGGCGGUUAUAACUACAACCGUCCAUCCGGGGGUGGCGGUGGAUUCCAAGGUGGAAUCUCCGGAGGCAGUGGUGGCUACCAGGCCGUUUCUUCCGGCUACCAGACCUCUGAAGGACAGAACGUAGACGCUGCCCUUCUCGAACAAGUUCGACAGAUCCUACUGAAGGAAGAAGCCUCGUCUGGCUCUGGAUACAGUGGCGGCGUCAGCGCUCCAUCCUCAUCCUACGGCGUCCCAUCCUCUUCCUACGGCGUCCCUUCAUCCUCAUACGGCGUCCCUCACGGAGGCGGCCGCGUGGUCGGCAUCAACCUUGAAGGAGUCCGUCAAGCUAUCCAGGUCGCGCAAUACGAGCAGACCGCAUCCGGUGGCGGCUACCCCUCAGGACCCUCGACUUCCUACGGAACCCCAUCCGGAAGCUACGGCGCCCCCUACUAAAUCCAAUUACCUCCCCAAGCGCUCUUCGCGUUAUAUUCGGCCAAGUUCCUUCCAUCUCCGAACCGACCGAAUGUUAUAGAGUCAGGUUGACCGCCACGUACAAUGUAGGUGGUAGUCCACUAGCCGUCCAACCAGGCCAACGCUUGCGACUGUGCACGCACACGGGUUACCCACCGGUCAGCCAGGCGUUGCUGUCAAAAUUGACAGAUGACUAAUCUGUCAUUUUUGACAACUGUUACAACGAAGUGGCUCACCGAUGUGGUCAACUCUUGUUUGUAUAAAGUAUAUUGUUAAGUUUAGAAUAGUUUAUUUGUAAGAUUGUUUUUUUUUAUUUACCAAAAAUAAAUACAUUUCGACACCGUAA